AAAAUGGUCGUUUCGGCGGAGAUGUGUUGCUUUUGCUUCGACGUGCUUUAUUGCCAUCUAUACGGAUACCAGCCUCCUAGAACACCCAGGUUUACAAACGACCCCUACCCACUGUUUGUCACUUGGAAAAUCGGCCGGGACAAGCGGUUAAGGGGUUGUAUAGGUACAUUUUCUGCCAUGAACCUGCACUCAGGACUCAGGGAGUACACCCUUACCAGUGCCCUUAAAGACAGUCGCUUUCCCCCCAUGACGAGGGACGAGCUGCCGCGCCUCUUCUGCUCAGUGUCUCUGCUCACCAACUUUGAGGAUGUUGGUGAUUACCUAGACUGGGAGGUGGGUGUUCACGGAAUUAGGAUAGAAUUUUUUAAUGAAAAAGGAUCAAAGCGCACCGCCACCUACCUGCCAGAGGUUGCGAAGGAGCAAGGAUGGGACCACAUUCAGACCAUAGAUUCCUUACUUCGAAAGGGAGGUUACAAAGCUCCUAUCACAAAUGACUUCAGGAAGACUAUUAAACUGACCAGGUACCGUAGUGAAAAGAUGACCAUGAGCUACGCAGAAUACAUCGCCCACCGCCAGCAUCAUCACUAUCAGAAUGGCAUCGGGCACCCUCUCCCUCCGUACAACCAUUAUUCCUGACAGCGAGCCGCAUGACCAGUCACUGGACCUCUCGG